UAUAGAGAGGAUAGGGAACAUCCAUCCACAUCGGAGGCCCACCAUCACCAACAGACAAAAAGAUGGAAGCAGCCAAACAACAAACACACACCCAUUUCAUCCUGGUACACGGUCUUUGCCAUGGAGCUUGGUGUUGGUACAAGCUCAAACCACUGUUGGAGUCUCAUGGCCACAAGGUCACUGCCCUCGACCUCUCGGCAUCCGGUAUCAACAUGAAGAAGAUAGAAGAGAUUCGCACUUUUUAUGACUACACGGUGCCGUUGAUGGAGGUCAUGGAAUCGCUUCCUCUGGGCGAAAAGGUGGUUCUCGUUGGGCACAGUCUUGGUGGCUUGAACUUAGCUCUUGCCAUGGACAAGUUCCCCCAGAAAAUCUCCACUGCUGUCUUCCUCACUGCUUUCAUGCCCGAUACUGUGCACAAACCCUCGUUUGUUAUCGAACAGGAUUUCACACUAGCAACAAUAUUAGUGAGGCCAGGGUCACUAUUUUUAGAAGAUUUGGCACAUGCAAAUAACUUCUCAAAUGAAGGUUACGGAUCGGUUACGCGAAUUUUUGUUGUGUGCAAUGAAGAUUACACAAUACCAGAGAAAUACCAACGGUGGAUGAUCGAAAACAGCGGAGGAGUGAAAGAGGUGAAGGAGAUCAAGGGUGCAGAUCAUAUGGCAAUGCUUUCAAAGCCUCGAGAACUCUGUUGCUGUCUCUUAGAGAUUGCUAAUAAGCACACUUAAAAAUAUGAUAUGGCAAAUAAAGCAACCUUAAAAAGACUUUUAUGUGCUAUGUUUUGCUUGUAACAUGAUAUUUUUUCCCCUUUAAUUUGUGAUAAUAAAAUUAUUGUUGUUGCGUUGGUUGUGA